AUGGGCAAGUUUAUGGGUUUUUGGGGUGUAAUAUUUUUUGGUUUUUUCCUAAGCAAAUGGGUUGUUAAAAGCUUUGAAUUUGAUGAGCUUUUCGAUAAUAGAACAGAAGUUUCAUUCUUGGAAUCCAUGUCCUUGUUGGAGUCCGUGUAUGGAGUUUCAGCUGCAGCUGCCCCUCCUUAUGCUCUCACGGUGCCUCUUACACUUAUUCAAGGAGCUGCUGCUAAAGGCGCUGUAUGUUUGGAUGGAACAUUACCUGGCUAUCACUUCCAUCGCGGGUUCGGGACAGGAGCAAACAGCUGGCUCAUCCAACUGGAGGGUGGAGGGUGGUGUAACAACAUCAGGGCCUGUGUUUACCGGAAAACUACUCGCCGUGGGUCCUCGACAUAUUUUGAGAAGAUAAUUCCAUUUACAGGGAUACUUAGCAAUAAAGCUCAAGAAAAUCCAGAUUUCUUUAACUGGAAUAGAGUAAAAAUCCGGUACUGUGAUGGUGCCUCCUUUUCUGGGGACAGUGAAAAUAAGGCUGCAGGGUUGCAGUUCAGAGGACAGCGUAUAUGGCUAGCUGCAAUGGAAGACUUGAUGUCAAAAGGAAUGCGAUAUGCAAAUCAGGCCCUGCUUUCUGGAUGCUCUGCUGGUGGUCUAGCUUCUAUCUUACACUGUGACGAGUUUCGGGAUCUAUUUCCUAGAAGAACCAAAGUGAAGUGCUUCAGCGAUGCUGGAUUAUUUAUGGAUGCCACUGAUGUGUCCGGUGGACACACGAUAAGAAAUUUCUUCGCCGGUGUAGUAAGCUUACAGGGUGUCCAGAGGAAUCUGCCAAGCACUUGUACCAAUCAUCUCGAUCCAACUUCGUGCUUCUUCCCUCAGAAUUUAAUCGCCAACAUCAGAACUCCUCUGUUUAUUCUCAAUGCUGCUUAUGAUUCAUGGCAGAUCCAAGAAAGCUUGGCUCCUAAAAUGGCUGAUCCUCGGGGUAAUUGGUAUAACUGUAAAAUGAACUAUGCACGAUGUUCAGUAUCCCAAAUCCGAUUUCUGCAAGGUUUCAGGGCUCAUAUGCUGAAUGCAGUAAAAGGCUUUUCUGCAUCAAGGCAAAAUGGGUUAUUCAUAAAUUCGUGCUUUGCUCACUGCCAGUCCGAGAGGCAGGAUACCUGGUUUGCAGAUAAUUCUCCAGUAAUAGGGAACAAGGCUGUAGCAAUAGCUGUCGGAGAUUGGUACUUUGAUCGUGCAACUACUAAGGCCAUUGGUUGCGCAUAUCCGUGUGACAAAACUUGUCACAACCUGGUUUUCAGAUGA